CUGUGUGUGAGCGGGUCCAAGCUUCGGUACGACGACGGUACUGUCAGGGUGUAGGAGCUAUUCAAACACUCCAUCAUCAUCGAUCACUCCAGAUUCAUCCUCUUGCCACCCGUCCUCCUUCUUGUUCAAAUCAAAAGAGCAUCGUCUCAACCCCUAAAACCUUCCCUUUCACUCUCCUUUAACGAAAAAAAAAACUCUUAAAAAUGUCUGCUGAAGACGCUCAGAUCGAGGCCCAGCUCGGAAUCGGUAUCGACUUGGGUACCACCUACUCGUGUGUCGGUGUAUGGCAAAACGACCGAGUCGAGAUCAUCGCCAACGACCAGGGUAACCGAACCACCCCCUCGUAUGUCUCGUUCACCGAGGAGGAGAGGCUCAUCGGUGACUCGGCCAAGAACGUCUCGGCCAUGAACCCCACCAACACCGUCUUUGACGCCAAGCGACUGAUUGGUCGUCGUUUCGACGACCCCGAUGUCAAGAAGGACAUGAAGAACUUCCCCUUCUCGGUUGUUGACCGAGACGGUGCCCCCGUCAUCGAGGUCGAGUACCUCAAGGAGAAGAAGCAGUUCUCUCCCCAGGAGAUCUCCGCCAUGGUCUUGACCAAGAUGAAGGAGAUUGCCGAGGCCAAGCUCGGACGAGAGGUCACCAAGGCCGUUGUUACCGUCCCCGCUUACUUCAACGACUCUCAGCGUCUCGCUACCAAGGACGCUGGUGCCAUCGCCGGUCUCGAGGUUCUGCGUAUCAUCAACGAGCCCACCGCCGCUGCCAUCGCCUACGGUCUCGACACCCAGUCCAAGGAGGAGAAGACCGUUCUCAUUUUCGAUCUCGGUGGUGGUACCUUCGAUGUCUCGCUUCUUUCCAUCCAGGGAGGUGUCUUUGCCGUCAAGGCCACCGCUGGUGACACCCACUUGGGAGGAGAGGACUUUGACAACACCUUGUUGGAGCACUUCAAGCAGGAGUUCAAGAGGAAGAACAAGCUCGACAUCUCGAGCGACGUCAGGGCCGUCAGGAGGUUGAAGUCUGCCUGUGAGCGAGCCAAGAGGACCUUGUCCUCGGUCACCCAGACCACCGUCGAGGUCGACUCGUUGUUCGACGGUGUUGACUUCUCUGCCAACAUCACCCGAGCCCGAUUCGAGGAGAUCAACGCCGCCGCUUUCAAGUCGACCAUCGACCCCGUCGACCGAGUCAUCAAGGACUCCAAGAUCCCCGCCUCCAAGGUUACCGACAUUGUCCUCGUCGGUGGAUCUACCCGAAUCCCCAAGAUCCAGUCGCUCGUUUCCGAGUACUUCGGUGGACGAACUUUGAACAAGUCCAUCAACCCCGACGAGGCCGUCGCUUACGGUGCCGCCGUCCAGGCUGCCGUCCUCACCGGAAUGACCUCGGACAAGACCGCCGACUUGCUCUUGCUCGAUGUCGCUCCUCUCUCCCUCGGUGUUGCCAUGCAGGGUGACGUCUUCGGAGUCGUCUUGCCCCGAAACACCCCCAUCCCCUCCAACAAGUCGAGGACUUUCACCACCGUCGAGGACAACCAGACCACCGUCUCAUUCCCCGUCUACGAGGGAGAGAGGACUGCUUGCAAGGACAACAGGCUUUUGGGAGAGUUCGAGCUUUCCGGUAUCCCCCCUAUGCCCCGAGGUCAGGCCGAGCUCAUCUGUACCUUCGAAGUCGAUGCCAACGGUUUGCUCAAGGUUUCCGCCCAGGACAAGGCCUCUGGCCGAAAGGCUCACAUCACCAUCCAGAACUCUGUUGGUCGAUUGUCGAGCGCCGAGAUUGACCAGAUGAUCAAGGAUGCCGAGCAGUUCAAGGCCGCUGACAAGGAGUUCAGCACCAAGCACGAGGCCAGGUCCGACCUCGAGUCGUACCUCCACCAGGUCGAGACCAACUUGGCCUCGCCCGAGCUCGGAAGCAAGAUCAAGCGAGGUGCCCGAUCUCAGAUCGAGCAGGAGCUCGCCAAGGCUUUGGAGAAGCUCGAGAACGCCGACUCUACCGGUGACGAGCUCAAGCGAGCGCAGCUCGGCUUGAAGCGAGCCAUGCAGAAGGCCAUGGCCGGUGCCCGAUAAGCGCGCCCUUUUCCCCCUUCUAUAACACCCCCGCCUACCCCAUCGUCUCUUCUCUUCGCCGACCCCCCUAUAUACUUUUUCCUGGCUUUGUAAUUCAGUAAAGAGGGAUCGUGUGUUUUCUGCCAAUCUCAUCAUCAACCUGAAACUCCUCCGUGCUCCCGUGAUUCGCUUCGACC